AUGGCGGAUUUCCCGGCACCGACCAAGCCUGAAACGUCGGAACAAUCAACUUCCUCGGUCAUGAUGGCGGGCGCCGAGCAAACCGCUCCAUCCGCCUCGGGGCUCAGCCAACCCCAAGCGCAAGAACAGAUUCAGGUCGAUUCCACCGCCAGCAAAUCACAAACCGUUGCACCGCAGCCCCCGUACCACCUGCCAAGAAUGAUGACGACCAUGAUGCGAGCCCCCGCAAUCGAAGAAGCGACAAGUGACGAUGCGACCAAGGCCAAUCCAGUAACCUCAAGCGACGAGGGCCCUGUGUGCGUCAUCACUCUGCUCGUUACUUCGGGCAAAAAGCAUCCAUACAAGAUCGACGAGAAGUAUCUCACAAAGCGAAAUGUCAAUAUUCCAGGAACAACAGAGUCGGGCCAUAAGGACCCUUUCAGCAUCAGUGUCUAUACUCUGAAGGAGUUGAUAUUAAGGGAAUGGCGUGAAGAAUGGGAACCAAAACCCUCGAGUCCGACUCUAAUCCGUCUGAUACAUUUCGGAAAACUCCUAGCUGAUAAAGAUCAACUAAACCAAUACAAGUUUAGUGCGGAGACGAGCAACGUUGUCCACAUGUCGGUGCGCCCGCAAGAGAUCGUCGAGGAAGACGAGCCCAAGGGUACUGGCAAGAGUGGACGAGAUUCAAGGAACCCAGAUGGUGAGGGCCGAUGCUGCGUCAUAUUAUGA